AUGACUCAUUGUCAAUAUCCGUGGGAUUUAUCCCAUUUGAGCAAAUUUGUGGGAGAUAAAAUCCCAAUGGGAGAAAAUAUCCCAUCUGACACGUUUUCCCCCAUGGGAGAAAGAUCAAUUAAAGUGACCUCUUACCAAUCCCUUGUCUCUCAUCUCGAGAAGGGAGCAGACGUCAGCUUUUUCUUUAACACCGCUAGCUGUGCAUCAUCAACUUUAAAAUCAACAGACGACUAUCCUGUGUUUGGUGGUGAACUUAAAUUAUUUUUAACUGUUAACAACUCAGAUGAAAACACGGGACAAACGAUAUUCAGCAAAGUCCGAUAUAUAGAUGAAAAACCAAAUGACUUAAAUGAAGAAAUACAAUCCAUAUAUAUUGUCAAUGAUAUGGCAUCUAUAUUCUGGGGAAGACCUGGCUUCUUUGUGAAUAAUACCUCCGAUUUUGACGGGGUCAACUGCAAUUGGACAAGGGGAAACGGAAAUAUAUGGGCAAGGCAAAGCAGGGAUCAGAAACAGUUGACAUCUUUCAAGGAUAUAAAAACUGUGCUCACGUCUGGCGAGAAGGUCCGUUGGGUCGUUAAAUCUAGAGGAUGUACAUGUCCACCAGAGGCCGCUGUUUGUUUAGAUGGUGCAGUUGGUGACACCAUUAGAGAUUUCAAAAUCAUGGCGGAUGGCUCAAUAAGUUUCUCUACUUCCAUGACUAUUCAAGUUCUCCUCUCUUGGCGGUACAUACGAAUCAUUAUUUUUGGUCAUAUUUACGAAAACAAUACAGCAAACUUUAUGCUCUCAACUUUAGAGCCUACUACGUGGGAUGAUGGAGGGGACCAUCUAAUCUUAUGUCCAAUAACUUCGAGGGAGUCCACGGAAGGAGCAAAUUUUUUUACUGAGAGCUGAUAAUUUUUCUUUUUGCCUGAAUGAAAUUUUCUUAAAUCCUAGUUAAACAGAAUGCAAAAUUAAUUAUUUGAUGAUGUCAAAUUUUCAUGGU